GACGAGGGGAUGAACCCGCAUCGCGAAAAGAUCUCCACGGGAAUCCUGAAAUGUAUUCAGAGAAAGAAAUGGAGGCAGAAUGCCCUCAACCCUGUGAGACUUUUUCCAAAAGACUGAAGCACUGGAUAGACAUUUUGGACCCCUUGGUCAUAUUUACACGUGAGGCGGACAUUAAUGCAUCGAGAGAUCUUUUACUGAAUAGUGGAGAAGAUGUAACAUCUUUACAAAAUAAAAAGGUCAGAGAUGCCUGGAAAAUAAGUCUGCUCUGUGUGAAUCCCAGCACUGGUGAUAAAAUUCCUUUCCUCUUUAGAGGAGGAGGUUUUGUGUGUAUUUCUGCUUCAUUGGCUGCAAUUGCUUCCUUACCAUACAGAACAUUUUUGACAUCGUUUUCCCAGCAGUUUCUUUUCCAUGCGUAUAUUGGUGGAUUCAGUUUGGCAAACAGGAAUUCUGUGAAAAGAUCAUUGGAGAAUGGUGAGAAAAAUGAACUUUCAUGGAAACAGGCACUUCUCUCUAUUGGGAGCAUCCCAGGUUUGGCCUUAAUAGGAACUCUCCCUCACUAUUUUAUAGCGCGUAAGAAAUCACUAAAUACUCCAGGGCAUUUCUUCAGCAAGUUCAUGGCAAGUGCUUUUUUUGGUGUUCUCUGUGCAUUCAAUGUGUUCAUAGUCAGAAACUUUGAACGUGAGAAUGGGAUUAAGGUCAUGCAUAGCACGGGUGAAGUUAUUGGAAUGUCUAAGGUGGCGGGGAAAAAAGCUGUAAGAGAAACAGCAUUAUCCCGAGGUAUACUCUUUGGUGUGCCAAUGAUUAUUUCUGAAACUGCUGUGUAUCUCAUAAAUCGCAGAAGAGUUUUCCCACAAAGGUCAAUGAUCUUGAGAGGGUUUCUGGUAUAUUUUUUCUGUUGGUUAAUACUGCCUGUUUCACUGAGUUGGAUUCCACAGUUAAGAGAGAUAAAGAGAAAUGAACUUGAGCCUGAUCUGGUUUCUUCCACUAAAGAAGCGUUUUUUUAUUAUAGGGGAGUUUAAUAGCAGAAGACCUUAAUGGUUUUCUAGGAGUGCCAUUCUUGUAAUGAUGAAGCUGGCUUUCAUGCAUAAAAGAGGAACUCUGUAGUAAGAGUAGAAAGUUGGUCUGAAGUAUUUUGAAUCUUCUGUAACAAAAACUGAAGCUAAGGGGGAGGGGAGAGAAUAAUCAUGUUCUUAUUGAUACUUCUCUGUACAGAAAGGAUUUGAUUUUGUAAUCUACGUCUGUCCAAACAAUUAAAAGGCCGUUAUUCAAGAAACAGACCUCUUAGCAAUAAAUGCAAAAUCUAUUGCAUUGUGAACUGCCUUCUACAGCUUUUUUUUUAAUGGAAGGAGAACUUGUACAAUAAAAUGAGAUGUUGGAUUAGGGCUGGGGACGCUCGCAUUCAAGAGCAUUUUCAGCCAUGGCAAAACAAUCUGCAAUUUUGAUCUGCUACUACUCUCUCGCCUUCUCUCUCAGCUUGACAUAUUCCUUUUGGGCAAAGAAGUGCUGUGUAUAUUGCUUAGGGAUUCUGGAGAAAGGACCGGAAAUAAAUCUAAUAAAUUACAUGGAAUAAA